UCUUCCCGAGAAGUUGUAGAGAAGGAGAAAAAAGUCACUGAAAGAGAGGUCAUCAGUUGGUUGGGACGGGGAGACUCAUGGACAUUAUCCCUCUACACACAUAUGCUCUAUACUUACAUGCAGGAGGUCUAUAAUUCACAACUUCUGGAAUUACUAGAGAUGGAUUAUUGUGUGUGAUUGUAAUCAUACAUGAACAUUUCUAUGGAAAAAUUGGAAUUCAAGAGAAAGAAUGAAAAGCCACUGAAUCUGGACAGAGGUGCAGUGAUACAGAAAUGUAAAUGCUUUGACUCCACACUGGAAUGUCGUCAUGAAGCUCCAAAAUGACAUUUCAGUUGUACCCUGGAAUUAAAACCCACUGUAUGAAAUAACCAGUUAAAACAAAGAGAUAAAUUGAAACCAUGGACUGUGCUGUCCUUCCCAUGGUGAUCAUCACCUUCAUGCUGCCCGGCUAUGUGCUGGCAGAUAGAGGGGCUCCAAAUAGUGUUUACAUCUUGCAGUCGACCACAAGUCAACUAGCACCUCACCCGCGACUCAAGCGUGGCUGGAUUUGGAAUGAGCUUUUUGUGGAGGAAGAAGACCCUAUUCUACGAGUCAUUGGCAAGCUCAUAACAGAUUCUGAUACUGGGAACUUUGCUAUCAAAUAUAUUUUGUCUGGAGAGGGGGCUGGUGAGAUCUUCGAAAUCGAUGAGUACACAGGUGAAAUCAGCUGCCUGAAGACGCUGGACCGGGAAGAGAAGGCCUUCUACAUCCUACAGGCCCAGGCCAUAGACAGGAGGACAGAGCAGCCUGUUGAGCCUGAGUCAGAGUUUAUCAUCAAAGUUAAAGACGUUAAUGACAAUGCUCCUGUUUUCCAAAAUGAACCCUAUGUUUCCAGCAUUCCAGAGAUGUGUCCAAUGGGUACAACCGUUGUUCAGGUAACAGCAACAGAUGCAGAUGACCCACUGACGGGGAGCAAUGCCAAACUCAUAUACUCCAUCCUACAGGGGGACCCCUACUUCUCUGUGGAACCAAAGACAGGGCUGAUUCUUACCUCUUGGCCAAACAUGGAUCGUGAAGCCAGAGAGAGAUAUCUGGUAGUGGUCCAGGUCAAAGACAUGAUGGGUUUGAAUGGUGGCUACUCAGCCACCACAACAGUGACCAUCACCUUAUCAGAUGUCAAUGACAAUGGGCCCAAUUUUCAACACAACCUCUACACAUUUGCAGUGCCAGAGUCAGCUGCGUUGGGCACCACAGUGGGUAGGAUCAUGGCAGAAGACGGAGAUGUCGGUGUGAACGCCAGAAUGAACUACAGCCUGGAGGACUUGGAAGAAAGCUCCACCUUUAAGAUUCAAACUGACCCUGUGACUCAAGAGGGUGUGAUUCUGCUGGCCAAGCCACUGGAUUAUGAGAGCAAGAGACGAUUUGUUAUUGCCGUGGAUGCCAUCAAUGACCACUUAGACACACGAUUCCUCAGUGUCUAUGAGUUCAGCGACAGAACUACAGUGAAAAUUAUGGUGGAAGAUGUGGAUGAGCCACCUGUAUUCAGUGCGCUGAUGUACGAAUGGAAAGUUCCUGAAAAUGCGGUUGUUGGAACACAAGUUGGAACAGUCAGUGCAAGAGACACUGAUGCAGCCAAUAAUCCAAUAUUAUACUCCAUGGCCAAAGGCAGUGACAUGAGGAACGUUCUCAGAAUAGACCCCAACAAUGGAACUGUAACCGUGGCCAAACCUCUGGACCGAGAGACAGAUGACUGGCACAAUCUGACAAUUUCUGCCAAGGAGACAAGGGAGGGCUAUUUAUCGUCAUUUGUGGAGGUGUUUAUCCGAGUGCUGGAUAUCAAUGACAAUGCGCCACAACUUUCCAGAGAGUACCAGCCACAUAUUUGUGAGGGCACACAGGCAGGAGAGGUUAUUCAGAUGAUCAGUGCCACUGAUCCUGAUGAUCCCAUGGAGGACCACCAUUUCUACUUCUCCAUGGUUCCAGAGAAGAACACAAAUCCAAACUUUACUAUCCGAGAUAACCAGGAUAACACCGCAGGAAUCUUGGCUCGCCGGAGCACUUUCUCAAGGAAAGACCGCACCCAGUAUGUCUUGCCAGUAGUGGUGACAGACAGUGGGUCCCCUGCCAUGUCCAGCACCAGUACUCUGACCAUCAGUGUGUGCAUCUGCCAGCCAGCUGGGCACUGCCCGUCGGGUGGAGUUGAGGCUUUUGCCCUCUCCAUGGGUUUGAAUCUACAAGGUCUCAUGGGUCUUCUGGUCUGUCUGGCUACACUUGCAGUUCUCUCUGCACUAAUUAUUGCCGUGAGGAGACAUAGGAAGAGGAAUCAAGAGAAGUUGUCGGUGGAUGAAAUGGAAACCUUGGAGUACUCGGAGAAAGUAUUGCGGUAUUCUGAGCCGAACAGCAACCAGAACGACUGCCUGCCAGCCCAGGUCCCCCUGAGGCCUCACCCCAGGCGCCGGGAACGCCGGUUGCGGAGGGAGGAGGUGGCGGCCAGCAUCCGCAUGUCCCUGCGCCACUCCCACCUCAUUGGCCCCGAGGAUGAUGUCUUCCGCCAGUUCAUUAUGGAUCGCCUGGCUGAGGCUGACCAGGACCCAUACGCGCCUCCCUUUGACUGCCUGCGAACAUAUGCCUUUGAGGGCACAGGAUCUGACACUGGAUCCCUGAGCUCUCUGGAGUCCUGCACGGUGGAGUCUGGGGCUGAGAGAGCCCGUGAGCCCACCACACGAUUCUUUAGACUCACUCCCUGGAUGGGCAGGGCAGAAGAAGAGACGAGUUUCUGAAUAAGAAAUGAAAGGUGAAGUAAUGCCCAACAAUGUCCGACUAAGAUGACAAUAUCUCCAUCCAAAGUAGAGAACAUAUGAGUGUGACUGAACUGAUGGGAGAUAAAAAGACUAGUUUACAAUAUACUAUGCCAAUAGACAUUUAUGAUUAUGGUUUAUAUUUAUAGAUCUUUGCCAAUAGUAUUGUAUUGUAUACUGUUUCUAGGGAAUUAAUGUCCUUUUUAGACUCCAUUUAUUACUUUUCUGUUAUUGUUAUUUAUCAAUUUAAUUUGUGUUUACAUGAAUUCAAUUUUCUGUGGCUCCAUUUGUAACAUAUUCCUCACAGUUGAUACUUUGCAACUGUAGACUAUGGAGUCGUGCUAUGUUUUGUAUUGAAUUGCAUCUACUCAGAAUAAUGCAUAAAUGACUCAUUUAAUAGUCCAGCACUAGAGCAUAUGUAGAGCGUAUGAAACUUGAUACUAUCUUUUAGAUUCUCAAAUAAGACUCCACAUGAACUUACCAGAAAGUAGUACCAGAAGUAGAAUAUAAGCCUGAAAUAGUAAAAUGUGCUAUUAAAGGUGAGGGUCAGCGAUUGUGGAGGAAAUCACAUUUGUUUAUAUUUAUGUUUCUAUUUAAAUCUAUUAGCAGACACUUUUUUCCAAAACGUACAUUAUAUUUCAACCAAGGACCAAACGAAACACACCAGAGAGGUUGGUCACCAGUAUUCAGUAUUCCCACAGAAAUUCCUCACAAGUUUUUGUUUUUGUUUGGUAGACAUGCUGCCCCCACUUUGCUUGUUUCCAGUUUCUGGAGCCUGGGCUGCCUAAAGACACCAGGUCUUUUUUUACAGUGUACUCACAGAAUGGGCUUGUAGCGAAUCGUGAGGUGAUGAUUGCUGAAUGUGACAAAACAUGUUAUGGGCUUGAAAUAGCGUACGAUCGCUGACUGUACCUUUAAGACCCAAACAAGCCGGUAAAUAAACCAAGCAAUGUCCUAUAUAACUUUUACGUAAUUCACUGGUUCCAGUGCAUCUGUGUUUUGCUAACAAAGGGAUUGUCAAAUUUUUACAUGACCUGACUGAUGGUACUCUGACUUAUAUUUCUCAAUCAUUAAAUACCUUAAAUAAUUGUUCAUAAAUCAUGAAGUUAUUCAAGUAGAAAGAGCUCUCAGUAGUUUAUGUUAUGAAGAGAGUGGGGAGACAGGUUGUU